GUGAUACAGUGUACUCCUUUUCCUUUAAAGAAAAAGUUAGAGAAUUUAUCAGAACAAAUCUGGAGGCAAAGGGAAAAAGAGAUAAAGACAAACCAACAGUAACAAAUUUUUGGUUACUUUCCCUGUUUUGUUGAUGCCAUUCUCUUUUAAUUUCAUGUCCAAAAUUUUGCAACAGAGAACCUAGACUUCACAUGUAGCUAUAUAUAUAUGUAUAUAAAAAUGCAUGUAUAUCCACCUUCCUCAUCAAGCAGAGCUAAACAAAAAAAAAGGUUCAUAGUUCAAAAUUUCUAACUUAAGCUUGUAGCCCAUAGUACAAGGAAGAAGGAUUAAAAAAUAAAAAGAAAAAUAAAAAACUGUGUAACAUGUUAUGGACAUAAAUAAUUGUUCACAAAUUUAAGAACAAAGUAAUAAAAAGCAAAAGCAAAAAAGCAUAUGAGGAGGAAGUUUAGUUCAGAAGUAAAAACUAAGCCAGUAGCUGAUAAUUAGAGAGUAUAGAUCUUCUAUAGCAGGGUAAAGUAUAAUUCAUUGUUUAAAACAGUCUUAUAAGCAGUUGAGGAAGAUAUUAUGCUAUUUCCCAGCAUGGAACAAGUAUUGAAGAUGGUACAUGCAGUUUCUAAGAGACACAGAACAAACACUAACCAAAUCUUCUUCUGCAUUCCAAUUUUACAUAGCUUUAUGGAAGACCAUGAACAGGAAAACCCAUCAAUGACUUCGGAAGAAGAAAUUGAUAACUUGUUUAAUAACGCCAUGAAAGGCAAUUGGAAUGAAGUUGUGGAGGUCUAUAAGAAAGGCAGUGAGUAUCAGACGGCAAAGAUUACCAGUUUAGAAGACACUGCAUUGCAUAUAGCUGUAUUAGAUGGCGAAACUGAAGUUGCUGUGAAAAUGGUGGAUAACAUAUACGAAGAAAGUAUACUGAGCAUUGUGAAUAAGAGAGGAGACACCCCUCUGCAUUUAGCUGCUUCAAUGGGGGAUGUGUUGGUGUGUCAAAGCAUGGCAAAGAAGAACCCGAACCUCAUUACAUUUCGCAAUCAAAAGGGCGAGACUCCUCUGUUCUUGGCAGCUUUUCAUGGGAAGGAAAAGGCUUUCCUCUGCCUCCAUUCUCUAUGCAUAGAGAAACACCAUUCAUUUCGAAAAAGUAAUGGUGAUACAAUUCUUCAUGCUGCAAUUACUGGUGAAUACUUCAGUUUGGCAUUUCAGAUAGUUCACCACUAUCCACAACUUGCUAACUCUGUAAAUGUGGAUGGUUUAUCUCCACUUCAUAUUUUGGCUACUAAGCCAAACGCAUUCAAAAGCAGCAGUCGUCUUGGGCUGUAUGAUCUAUUCAUAUACAAAUGUUUGGGGGUGAAAAAGCUAAAGAAGGAAACACACAGUGAUAUUAAAGCAUACUCAAGUUUUUUAGGAAUCAAAAAGAGUAAAACAUAUCCAGAAAACUAUGAAACAUGCAUGAACUUCUUUCGAAUGACAAGAUUUCUGUUUCAAAUUUUAACUAAAAGAGAGGACAAUAAGACAUGGAUGCUACCUUUCCGCUCUCGUUGGGAUCAACUUCGUCACUCUCUUCUUCUAGCUAUGGGAAGAAACAAAGAUAGAAACAUAAUUGAUGAAGAGAAUUCCCAUCCAGAGAGUAGGUCAGGACAAGGGGAACUUCGAGAACCAUCUUCAUCUGAUACGAGCUUAGACUUGAUACAUGAUACAGAAGAAUUAUCUGUUUCAAAGAGUUCAAGUUUGAAUUUAGAAGGAACUUCACGAGUAAGUUCAUCAGGAAUGAAGUUGCAAUCAAAUGAUCCGAAAAUUAUAUGGUCAGACCAAAAUGGCUCAACAUCAAAGAAUGGUAUGAAGGAAUAUAGGGGACAAGGGAACUUGCAUUCAUAUCCACCUAAUUAUGCCUCAUUUGUUCUAUUUUUCCAGUUCAUAACAAAGGCCUUGCUGGUUAUUCUUGGAUUUGGUAUUUCGAGGAUAAACAAAAUCAAAGAAAAGAAAGAGCGGCAUACAUGGGCUAAUCAGGUCAUGAACGAAUUGAUUCACCAGACUUCUUCUUACAAAUAUGGUAAUGCUGGACAGAAACCUGAAAAAACUCGACAGAAGUUUGAUGGAGAGGAAUCUGAAGUUCCUAACCCAACUUUGUGCGGCCCGUGCCAUGAAGACUUGACAUCUGAGAUUCAAGAUAGCAAUGUUGGAAACAACUCCUUGGCAUCAAAUCAUAACAAUUAUCAGAAAGGAAAAUAUCAGAAUGGACUUCAGAAAACAGACGAGAUACCCAAAGGAAAUGGAAAGAAUGAAACUCAUGAAACAGAUAAAAAGGAGACGCCUAUACUAAUUGCCGCAAAGAUGGGAGUAACGGAAAUGGUGGAGAAAAUCCUAGACAAAUUUCCAGUGGCUAUCCAGGAUUUGAACUCUGAUAACAAGAAUGUUGUGCUUUUGGCAAUUGAGAACAGGCAGCCACAUGUUUACAGUCUGCUGUUGAAGAGAGAAACGAUGAAAGAAAACGUGUUCCGUCAAUUGGAUAACCAAGGUAACAGUGCAUUACACCUAGCUGCUACGUUCGGAGAGUACACACCUUGGCUUAUACCAGGUGGCGCUCUGCAAAUGCAAUGGGAAAUCAAAUGGUACAAGUUUGUCAAACACUCCAUGCCACAUAAUUUCUUUGUUCGCUGCAACAAAAGGGGUCAAACCCCAAAAGAAGUUUUCAUCAAUACUCACAAAACUCUUGUCAAAGAUGGCAGUGAAUGGCUUACCAAAACCUCAGAAUCCUGCUCUGUUGUGGCUGCACUCAUUGCAACAGUAGCAUUUGCAACCUCAUCAGCUGUACCAGGUGGAGUCAGGGAAGACACUGGAGCACCAACUCUUGAACACAAGCCUGCAUUCAGUGCUUUCGCCAUUUCCUCACUAGUUGCUCUUUGCUCGUCAGUCACUGCACUUGUCUUCUUCCUUUCGAUCCUCACCUCUCGUUACCAAGAGAAGGAUUUCGCCAUGGGCUUGCCCAGAAAACUUCUUCUAGGAUUAACAUCACUAUUCACUUCCAUAGCUUCCAUAGUGCUUUCAUUCUGUACCGGGCAUAUAUUUGUUCUUAAAGAUGAACUUAGGUAUGUAGCAUAUCCGUUGUAUGCAGCAACAUGCCUCCCAGUUACAUUAUUCGCUUUUGCUCAGUUGUCUCUCUACUUUGAUCUCAUUUGGGCAAUCUUCAGAAAGGUUCCACAGCGUAGCUAUAAGAUGUAUGCACACUAGGUCCCCAUGGAUUUUCUUGAAAAUACAUAUGUUUGUUUAUACAUGUCAUAUAUACAUAUACAUACGUAUAUAUGUAUAUAUAUAUGUGGGCAUGUUCAUGUUUCUUGAAGUUUCAAUAUUAUGAAAUUUGUAUAUGAAUAUCGGAGUUAUUUCCCUCGUUAGCAUUUUAAGAAAUAGAGCCCUUUCUUGUUAGUAAUUUAUUUUUGUCAGGGGAAUAUUGUUUUUGUCAGGUAUAGAAGCAAAUCAAAAUUUUUUACUUCCAAUAGGUGCACAAUCGAUCCUAGUCUGUUCAGCAGAGAGAGAAUGGCUCUUCACCAUUUAACUUCUGGAUAAGUGAAAAAAUUACUAAGCUUUUCAGAGGUUUUGAAGUGCCCUGCUUGAAUUGUAGCAAAAAGAUCAUACAAAAUAACCAACUAUUACAUAACUUCAUAAAUCAAAGCAAUAAUGAAAGGACUUUGUAUAAUAA